AAUGGCAAUGAUCAGAACCAAGAAACUCAUCAAAAUGGCUAGGAAAUGGCAGAAGUUUGCAGCCAUGCAGAGGAAGAGGAUUUCAUUUCCAAGAAAUGUUAGUGAUGCAGAUGAUUGUAGUAUGUCUUCAUCGUCUAUAGUUGAAAAAGGACAUUUUGUAGUAUACACUGCUGAUCAAGCUCGCUUUGUCAUUCCAUUGGUUUACCUUGAAAAUGAGAUCAUUAGGCAACUUUUGAACAUUGCCGAAGAAGAAUUUGGGCUGCCGAAUGGUGGCCCUAUUACAUUACCCUGUGAUUCAGCCUUCAUGGACUACAUCAUUUUGCUAAUAAAGAAAGGCAUAACUGCAGGAGAUCUUCACAAAGCGUUGCUCCUAUCAAUUCCUUCUUGCUGUUCGACUUCUUCUUUGCACCAAGAAAGUGGAAACCAACAGCUUCUUGUUUGUUGAGUCAUAAUCAACAUUUUCUUCUUAUUACACUCUAGCUUAGAUAGGACAUAGAAUGUAGAACACAAUUGUAAAGCGCAUCAUACAGAUUCAAUAUUAUUUUA